AUGAUCCUGAUUUACGUGACGUGUCUCGGCAUCUUGGCGCCAGUUAUCGCGGCCUCUGAUAAGAACUCGAACUCGAAGGCCAACGUCCACUUCGAAGACAAAGGAUUCAAGGACUCGAGUCAAUUUAGGGAUGUGGUCCUCGCAGGUUUGGAUUAUCUCAGGUCUUCCGUGGAAACCUCCAUCCCCGUGGAAGGUCGGAAAAAGAAGAAGGGCAAGUACAACAAGUACGUACUACCGCUGAUAGUCGGUUUCCUGCUGAUCAAGUCCAUCUUGUUGCCGAUCGCUCUGAAAGCCUUGGCAGUCUUGAGCGGCAAAGCUGUCGUCUUGAGUCUGAUGAGUCUGAUCCUGGCAGCAAUCGUAGGUCUGAAAAAAGUUGCUCAAAGCUCCUCUUCCGGUUCUAAUUACGAUGUCGUAAAUGUGCCCAUUGGCAAGUACCGAAGACAGGACUCCUUUGGCUCCAAGGAUGAACUCGGAGACGACAGGCCUUACAAUUUUUACAGAGACCGGCGUAGACGGAAAUAA